AACUUACAGCAUAAAAUCAAUACGGUAUUUGCUCAUUUUACUAAAUUUUUCUAUUGUUUUUCUGGUUCCACAGGAAUUUUAUAGUUUAUUCAAUCUUUUCUUGAGCAUUGCUGUUCUGAGCCAAGUCUUGAUUCGGCGCAAAGAAGAAAAGGAUCGUUCAGCGCUAGAACUUGUCCUGGCAAAGUGCAGAUUACGUGCAGGAGAAUAUGAAUCGACGGAUAUAUAUCCUUAUCGCAAAUACUGAGGAUUUUUAAGACAAAAAGCACUUGUGUUCUCGUAGUCAUUUUAAUUUUCCAUGGUUGUUGAAAGGGCGCUAUUUCUGCUUUCAGCUUCAUUUUCUGCUGUUCUUUAUUUCUGGGCAAGAUUUUCCCAAAACKUCUAAUUAGGCAUUCAAUGAGUGCAGUUAAAUCCUUUUCUUCCAAAUUUAGGUUAAGUUUUGGUAACAGCUGACUCUUGCAUAACCGUGUCAAUGAGUGGAAUGUAUGCAGAAUCCCUGCAAUGAGAUGGUUGAUUGUUUCGAUGACUCUGAUGACCACAUAUUAUGGGGUUUCCACUUCAACACCUAAUUUUUAAACCAUCUAUGUAGCACUUGAAAAAAUUGCAUUGAAGUGAUGAUCAGCGUUCAUUCUUCGCAUGUUCAGUGUUGCACCCAAUGUUGUUAUGAAUAGACCAUUCAUAAGAGAAGAACACUAAGUGGCUGCGUCAGUGACAAAACAUCACUGAAACAAAAAAUUCCAAUAAUAAAUCUGAAGUUGCACAGUACUGUGACUAAAUUUGACGCUUUUGCUGCAAUCGUUAUAUUCUUCCAUUCGCUUAUUUUUGUCAGUAUUUGAACGAUUUCUGGAAGGGUGACAGUGAAUUGAAGAACGUCAUCAUGUCUUUGUACCUGCCUUUUCUUACAAAGCUGCACAAUUUUUCUGCCCAAGAAUUUAGCUAAAACAGUGUUACAUUUCGGUCUUGAAACUUCGAAAAUUCUCUGAAUAUCCUUCCAAUCAAAGCAAUUUGUUCAGAUUAUGGGAAAAAAAUGCUGCCAUCUCAGUGUUCUCUCUCUCUCAGUUCCCCCCGUGGAUCCGGCCCUGGCUCUUACAUUCAAUAUGGAAUAGGCAAUUUGUUAACGCCCUUUAGUACUAUGAUAGAGAUGCUUUAAUUGUUGGGAUAUUUUAACAUUUUAUGAGUUAAGAUUAAAUGUAGAUCUGAAGAUUACAAUCCUAAUCGCAUUCCGUUUCCCAGUCCCCAUGUAAUUGAAGCUGUUUUUGUAUCAUUUUUAAAUCGAUUGUUUAGGGUUUGAACACAUUUUAUUCCAAUAUUUUCAGUAUCUUUAUUUUAUUAAAUUAUUCUACUUGAUUUAUGUAAGUUGUUUGUUCGUUUACACACUCUCUAAGUUUUUAGGAUUUUCAUACAUAUACAUAUAUUUAUAGGUAUAAAUCACAUUAUUUAAUUACAGGAUUAUAAUUCCAAUAUAUAUUUGAAUUCCAGCUCAAUUACAACCACAUACAAAAUGCAGGGCACACCAAUUAAAUACCACCUAUUGCUCUGUGCACUACUGUGUCACAACUGUCACCCUGUAAUAACACAACGCACUUCGUUGGAUGUCACAUUCCGAAACUUGUAUCGACCCCUACGUUUGAUUGGCUUAAAUUUUGCCGGGCGUUCAGGUGACAAUCCGGAUAAUCGACAACUUGUGCGCGAUAUGGGCAAAACGCAAAAUCUCAACACACGCGCGCGUUCGUUGGUGAAUUUCUGCGAUGCGCUGAAUGGACCCGGAAAACGUAGUGAAACACGCCCGACAUCGGUGCAUCGUUUACGACCCGGUGAUAUAGAUAUCGUUGGUGCUAUGGGUGAUUCACUAACAGCUGGUAACGGUAUUUUCGCGACAAAUUUAUUACACAUUACGGUAGAGAAUCGAGGUAUGGUCUGGAGUAUUGGUGGGCAAGGCACUUGGCGACAGUAUUUAACGAUGCCAAAUAUUUUGAAGGAAUUCAAUCCGAACUUGUAUGGCUACUCGCUGAAAGAUGGGCUCUCCACCGAUCGCAGUUCGAAAUUCAACGUCGCUGAGUUGGGCGCCAUGUCACGUGAUAUACCUUACGAAGCGCAAGUGCUAGUCAAACGCUUGUCACGUGAUCCGAAAGUGAAUAUGACCACAGAUUGGAAGCUUAUCACUCUACUCAUUGGUAAUAACGACUUUUGUUCAGACGUCUGUUUUCUGCCACGACCAGAGGAUGCGAUCAAGCAGCAUGAAGAAAAUAUGGUGAAGACUUUUCGUUAUUUACGUGAUAAUGUGCCACGUCUAAUGAUAAAUGUAGUGCCAUCGCCAAAAUUGGAUUUCCUCGUGCCUUUGAGUACGAAAACACCCGUUUGUCAUACGACCUUGUCAUUCGAAUGCCCUUGUUUAGUGGGUAAGCCCAAGCCGCAAUUGGUAAAAAUGAUAAAACUGAUGAAAGAUUGGGUUGCGAAGGACAAAGAGAUCGUGAAUAGGGACGAGUUUAAUACGGAGACAUUCACCAUUAAUCUGCAGCCGUUUACACUAUUCGAAGAUUUCUUUCCCAGUAACGAUGACGCAAUGAAAUUCAAAUUUCUGUCCGAGGACUGCUUCCAUUUGAGUCAGCGUGGUCAUGCGAUUAGCGCCAAUUAUCUCUGGAAUAAUAUGCUUGAAGACGAAGACAAUAAAAGUAUUAUGGAUGAACCUACUUUAUUGAAGACAUUCCGCUGUCCCACCGAGGCGCGUCCUUACUUAGUGACACGUGUCAAUAGCGCAAAAGAUUUUCUAGUUUGACUUUGAACAGCAAACACCUCGUCACCCAUUAACGGCAAUCUUUAAUUAUAAAUAUUUAUAUGUAGUUUAUAGUUAGUCAUGUAAUUAAUCCCUGUGAUAAUAUAAUUAGAAUGUAAUUAGACUACUUUUUAUAAAAAUCCAUGAGCAAAUUGUAGGGAAAAUUAUUUAUGUAAAAUAUUUGUACACGUGAUACUUGUGAAGUAAAACAAUAAACUGUAUUAUUUGCAAUUAAGUUAAUAAUUAUAUAAAUAAACGCAGAUGUGGCAAAUCUA